GACUAGUGUUUGGUGAUUCCUGUGUUCCAAGCAUCUAAUACCCCAGAGCCCACCUCGUCAAACCUCGGCUGCUAAAAUAAAGUUUACGCUCCAUGCCAGCUUCUCCCUAUAUAGCCUCAGUUCCCUCAGCUUGGUCGCUAGGUGAAGUUGUUCGCACUCCAUUGAUGCGAAGAAGCAAUAGAUAGCUUCAAACCAUUCGUCCAUCGAUCGAACAAGAAUGGCAUCGAAGAGAAUCGUCAAGGAGCUCAAGGACCUGCAGAGAGACCCACCAACUUCCUGCAGUGCAGGUCCUGCGGCUGAUGACAUGUUCCACUGGCAAGCUACCAUCAUGGGGCCUCUUGACAGUCCGUAUGCUGGGGGUGUUUUCCUCUUGAACAUCCAAUUCCCAUCAGAUUAUCCUUUCAAACCUCCCAAGGUGGCAUUUAGGACCAAGGUCUUCCAUCCAAACAUCAACAGCAACGGUAACAUCUGUUUGGAUAUACUCAAGGAUCAGUGGAGCCCGGCCCUAACCAUAUCAAAGGUUUUGCUAUCCAUAUGCUCAUUGCUGACAGAUCCAAACCCCGACGAUCCGUUGGUCCCGGAGAUCGCACACAUGUGCAAGACCGACCGAUCAAGAUACGAGACCACGGCUCGAAGCUGGACCCAGAAGUAUGCCAUGUGCUGAGCCAGAGAGCUGCUCUACUAGUGAAAUGAUUUAAUGUGGCAUUAAUACUAUGAAUCCUUAAGUAAGCACCAGUGAUGGCACUGGAGAGAUGGACUCUAAGUAAUGAUGUUUGGUGUACCAAUUUCCCACUUGUAUGGUGUAAUAAUAAGGCGAAGACAUUUUUGAGUUGAUUCUGACAACUAUGAAAUGUUUUCUUUUCCCACCUAA